GCAUUGUCCUCUCACAAGAUGGCACGCUCUGUUGCUCUACUGUUAUUAGUGUGUUCGUUGAUCGUAUCAACUUUCGCAGCACCGACUUGGUUUCGUAAAUUACAUCAACCUCUACGUUCUCAUCAUCAACAACCAUUUCCAAUACUUCAACAACCAUUUCCAAUACUUCAACAACCACUUCCAAUACUUCAACAACCAUUUCCAAUACUUCAUCAACAAUCAUAUCAACAACCAUAUCAACAACCAUAUCAACAACCAUAUCAACAACCAUAUCAACAACCAUAUCCACACCAUCAACCAUAUCCACAUCAGCACCCAUAUCCACAUAAUCAUGUUCGUAAUGAACAUCAUAAUAUUCCGCGUCCCUGUAAUUAUUGUGGAGUUCCAGCUCGACCUGCACCCACCUUAUCACCUGUUGCUGCCACGACUGUUCCGGCACCUACCGUUUCGAGCACUGCUGCCACGACUGUACCGCCGCCUACCGUAUCAAGCACUGCUGCCACGACUGUACCGGCGCCCACAGUACCAAGUACUGCUGCCACGACAGCACCGGCACCCACAGGCUCUGCUAGUAACAAUAAUGUUGGACAACAAAACAAUAUUGGCAAUGGAGGAAAUUCCAACGGAAAUGGUAAAGCUGGAAAUGGUGGCAACUUCGAUAACCUUAAUAUUGGAGUGAAGCUGUGGCGACACUCUGACAAGUGACAGAUGACAGAUGACAGAACUCGCACAUGGACUAUCGACGAGCAAAUCAACGGAUGACGUCACAAAUAUCCUGCAUCGCACAUAUGAAGUUUACAUGCGAAAUAACACGGAUAGAAAAUCCCAACGAAUAACAGUUGGGCAGCAAGCCCGCCAGGCUGAUCACCUCGCCUGGUCGGAGGAUCCUCCUUUUCUUAGGGAACUUUACUCUCUCUUCCCUAAAAGGCUUUUAUUUCUCGAAUUCAAGUUUGUUUUUUGUAUUGUGGUUCUCCUGUAAAGUCGAGUUAAAGUAACGAUGAAUAAGUAUGGAUUAUUGCAUUUAUUUAAUAUAGUGUAUAAUAAGUAGACAAUAAAUAGAUAAUGAACAGUAUGUUCAUCUAUAUCCAAUGAUAGAUUACCAGAAACUGGUGAUGGUAGUUAGUCAUCAAGUGUUUCAAUUUUAAUUAAAUCAAUGUAAUCGUUCA